AUUCAAAAAACAAAAGAGAGUAAGCUUCUUUCCGGUUCGGAUCGGGGCCAGCUCCUACCUAAACCCUAUUCUUUCUUCUCCGCCCCAAUCCAAUUCCUGCUCUUAAUCCAAUUCCCGUUGUAAUUUACCGACCUGCAAGUCCUCGGUCCAACCUCUCAACUUUAAAGUUUGAACCCCAAAUUAAGCAAGAAGUAACAGCAGUGGAGGCAGGGUAUGGCUUACGGUGGUGCAGCCACGGCCAUGACCGCCGCAACCGCAGCGCCGACGAUUAAGCAAGUGAAAUUGGAGAGAGAAAGCGAGCUUAGAAUCGAAGUAGCAAACGACACGCCGCUACGCCUGAGGUUACUAAACGGCACCGCUGAGAUCUUUGGCACCGAGUUGCCUCCUGAAAUGUGGCUCACCUUCCCUCCUCGCUUAAAAUUUGCUGUGUUUACUUGGUAUGGAGCUACAAUAGAGAUGGAUGGUCCUACUGAAACCGAUUAUACUGCUGAUGAGACUCCCAUGGUUAGUUAUGUAAAUGUCCAUGCUGUACUGGAAGGACGUAGAAAUCGCGCCAAAGCCCCAUCCUCUAGUGGUUCUGAGGCUUCUCAGGGUCCUAGGGUGAUUGUUGUUGGACCUACAGAUUCUGGAAAGAGCACCUUGUCAAGGAUGCUUCUCAGUUGGGCAGCUAAACAAGGAUGGAAACCUACUUAUGUGGACUUGGAUAUUGGCCAAGGAUCUAUAACAAUUCCUGGAUGCAUUGCUGCCACCCCUAUUGAGUUGCCCAUUGAUCCAGUGGAAGGAAUUUCUCUUGAAAUGCCGCUGGUGUAUUUCUAUGGUCACACAACUCCUAGCCAGAAUGUAGAUUUGUACAAAGCACUUGUAAAAGAGCUUGCUCAAAUACUAGAGAGACAAUUUACUGGGAAUGCUGAAUCACGUGCUGCAGGCAUGGUGAUCAACACUAUGGGAUGGAUUGAAGGUGUGGGCUAUGAGCUGAUUCUCCAUGCAAUUGAUACAUUUAGCGCCAAUGUUGUCUUGGUUUUGGGUCAGGAGAAACUUUUUAGCAUGCUCAGGGAUGUAUUAAGGAACAAACCCAAUGUGGAUGUUGUGAAACUUCAAAAGUCAGGUGGUGUGGUAUCCAGGAGUUCAAAAGUCCGCCAGAAAGCUAGGAGUUAUAGGAUUAGGGAAUACUUUUAUGGCAUUGCUAAUGACCUCUCUCCACAUUCAAACAUCGCAAAUUUUAGUGACUUGUUUGUAUACCGAAUUGGAGGUGGGCCACAAGCCCCAAGGUCAGCUCUGCCAAUUGGUGCGGACCCUGUAGCCAACCCCCUUAGAGUUACAGCUGUGAAUAUUGAUCGAGAUUUACUCCAUGUUGUUCUUGCUGUUUCAUAUGCUCAAGAACCUGAUCAAAUUGUUUCAAGUAAUAUUGCUGGGUUGAUCUAUAUCACGGACAUUGACCUUCAGAGGAGAAAAAUUACUUACCUUACACCAACAGCUGGGGAUCUCCCUAGCAAGUAUUUGAUCAUGGGAACCUUGACCUGGCUCGAAACGUAAAGCACAUUGAGGAAGAAGUUCUCUCUCUCUCUCUAAUUUCUUUUACUGUAUGAUCAAAUUUAGCUCUAUACUGCAAUGGUAAUCUUGGAACUGUAUUUUACUUUUACUUUUCAAUUUAUAGGUGGUAGUUUUUGGCGAUAGACUCCUUUUAUCAAUUAUGUAUCAUGUAUAGCAGCUCUGUUAUCUGUGAAGCCAAAUACAAUUCCCAGGUUAGCCAUGGGGGUGAGUGUAGCAAUUGGUUAUAACAAAAGAAAAAAAAAAGAAUUAUAUUGUUCUAA